ACCACUAAAUCAAGCCAUACUUUGAUAUCGAAUUAGAUGGAGUUCAUAGGACUUAUAAGAGUGACACGUUGAGUAUAUCUAAUUCUAUGCAUUUACUUGUAAGCAGUAAGUGCACAUAGAGCUACAUUUUCACUGGGAAAUCAGGAAUGUUUCUUCCGGUUCCCAAGAGUGUGAAAACAAAACGGAAGCAAAAUUGCCACGAAUGUCAAGCGAUACAAAGGCUUUGCUAGUGGUUUACUGGCUGUUUUGAGUGCCAGAGAGGGGGGCACUCACCACCCAUCUGCUCAGGUGUGGCUCACUGAGAAGAGAAGGCUGUUGGGAGUCUGGACACACCUUGGACAACUGGACAGACUUGUCCACCUGAUUACAGGUGACACCACCAGAGUACAGCGCGGAGGAAGACGAGGCCAUCUGACCGGCGCCUUUGUGAAGGGAGGGGGAACGCAGACAGAGACAGACAAACGGACACAGAAUCAUAUAAAGGAUAUAAAUGUCUGUAUUUAUUGCCCUUGAUUUAUGACGCUGCAUUAAUAUUUGUAUCUGUUAUUUUUUUAUUGCUGGACAACUCAAAUGACAAUAAGACCACAAGUUGGAUCCUGACCUGGCUAAUCGUCACCACCUUGGUAUACUUAUUGUAGUCUCCAAAAGGAAACAUUGAUCCCCCUUUAUCUGGUGAAGGAACACCAAAUCUGGAAAAGCCCCCCUCACUCCCUCCCUCCCUCCAUCUACCCCUGCACCUCUCCAUCCCCCCACCCCAUCGCAGCCCUCUCCCUCUCAGACUCGAGCCCCAGCCCUCAUCCACAUAGUCCCAUCCCCAUCCUCAGACCUCUAUAACCAGACCACUCCAUCCCUCUACCCCAGCCCCAUCCCUGUCCCCCAGCCCCAGCUCUCUGUGUGCCGCUACCUGGAGAUGAAGCUUCAGGCGGUCAUGGAGAACCUGCAUCGGCAGCAGAGAGCCAAGUUGCUGAUGGAGCUGGAACAGCAGCAACAACAGCAGCAGCAUCAAGCCCAGCUUGAGCACAGCAGCAGUAGCACUGGAAGAGGAGAGAGAGGCUCCAUGCAGGGAGCCCCCACCUCAGGCUCCACGCCUCUGGACGAGCGCAUGGGAAGCCCCACGGCGGAGGCCGAGCACGCCCAGAUGGCGGCCCUGGCGGCGAUCCGCGCGGUGGCGGCCGGGCUGCAGAGGCAGGCUGACAGCCCCAUGUCACAGCGCAGCAGCGGGGGAGAGGAAGAGGACGAGGAGGAGGAAGAGGAGGCGGAGGAGACUUACAAGGACAUGAUGGGCUCAGAGGAGGAGGAACAGAUCAAGCAGAAGUGGGACGAGGAUGACUUCGAGGGUGACAUGGAGGAAGACUACGAUGACGAGCUGGGUGACGAAGGCCUACCAUCGGGCCGUGAGGCGGUGACGCCGGGUAAAGGCAUCCUGCUGCUGCCCCACCGCCAGCUGCACCCCAACUCCUCCCAGCUGCUGAAGCCCCGGCCACCACCAGAGCUCCACGCCGGGGCCCCCCCGCCGCCACACAGCUCCCAGGGCCUCCUGCCCCCACAGGACCACGCAGACUGGACCUACGAGGAGCAGUUCAGACAGCUGUAUGAGUUGGAUGGGGACCCCAAGCGUAAGGAGUUUCUGGAUGACCUGUUCAGCUUCAUGCAGAAGAGAGGCACCCCGGUGAACCGCAUCCCCAUCAUGGCUAAGCAGGUGUUGGACCUGUACAUGCUGUACAUGCUGGUGACGGAGAAGGGCGGACUGGUGGAGGUGAUCAACAAGAAGCUGUGGAGAGAGAUCACCAAAGGCCUCAACCUGCCCACCUCCAUCACCAGCGCAGCCUUCACACUCAGGACACAAUACAUGAAGUACUUGUACCCGUAUGAAUGUGACAAGCGGGCGCUUAGCAACCCCAACGAGCUGCAGGCGGCCAUCGAUAGCAACCGUCGUGAGGGGCGUCGCCAGAGCUUCGGCAGCUCGCUCUUCACCUACUCGCCCAACGGCACGCCCACCAUGCUCUCCUCGCCCAAACUCAACAUGUCCGCCAUGAUGGGAGUGGCCACCAACGGCUCCGGCCUCACCCACAUACAGAAGGUCAAGAAAGAAGAGGAUGUGGUGCAGUCUCUCUCCUCGAGCCGCCUGUCCAGCUCGCUGGCGGGCCACUCGGUGGCUGCGGCGCAGGCGGCGGCGGUGCAGGCGGCGGCAGCGCAGGCGGCCAUGGUGGCGCAGGUGGCCGCGCUGGAGCAGCUGCGGGACAAGCUGGAGGCGGGUGAACCGCCCGAGAAGAAGAUGGCACUGACGCCCGCCGACGAGCACCAACGCUUCCUGCAGAGGGCGCUACAGCACAACCUACUGGCCAUGACCGCCCAGAUGCCCAUGAACAUACGCAUCAACAACCAGGAACAACCCUCCCACCAACGCAUCCUGCAGAGGGCGCUCCAGCACAACCUGCUGGCCAUGACUGCCCAGAUGCCCAUGAACAUACGCAUCAACAACCAGGAAGGCAGGCAGGAU